ACAGUUAGUCGGAGAAAAAGCUUAAUUUUAAUGUUUGGCUUAAAGCAUGGUUUUCUAACGCUUUCACCGAGGUGGAAGGUGGGUUACGUAUUUCUUCAAGAAUACCUGCCCUUGAAUAGGAUGUAGCGGUAACAAACUCUGAUGGCCAUUUUUAGUUCUGCAACUCGCCUGUCUUUUUUCGGGGCAGAGACACGUCUUGAUCUUAGGUCGAUCAUAGCGGCCCUUUUACACGAGAAAUAUGUUUCGAGGACUAUUACUGUUACUAUUCAUUUUCUUCUACGUCAUCUGGACGAUCCAGAUAGCCGCAGUGACGGUUCCUCUUCUGGCCGCCUUCCCGUCAGAUUCUGCUUCCCUACUUGGCCAGGCCCUUCGACGGAAAAUGGAUGAAGUCGAAAAUCGCUUGACCAAGAAAAACUUCACUUUUCUCACAAGCUGGGUGGCACUGCCGAAUGACACAGAAAAAGUGAUAAACGUGUCGUGUCAAACAAUAGAAAGUGUCCAACCUGUUCUGGUGUUCAAUUUUCUAAAUAGGCCCUUUUCAUUUUUUCUAUCUUUGGUCGCUGGUUAUACGGGUAUUGCAGAGAUUGGCCAUGCACUACAGUACAGUGACCGGGCUUCUCAGGACGUCAACCCUUUCUACAUUUCUCUAGAUCCUUCAGUAACGGACUUGGCCGAUGCGGUUUUCGAGUUUCUUCUUUUUUGUGAUUGGUAUGACGUUGUACUUGUAGCAGACGAUGGAGAAAUCGGCUCUAUGCUUGUUCGCUACUUUCGAAAGCGCCUAAAUACACCUCCAUGGCGCCCUUUAACAUUUAUUUCUCUUCAAAGAACUUUAGAGGAGCAUGAAAUAUUGGGCAAAUUAGACAAAAUUACAGAGGGUUAUAGCCGGGUUAUUCUCCUAUAUUGUGAUGACGUCACGACUUUAAGAGUGCUCAGAAUCGCUGAGAAACUAAACUUAUUAAAUAACAAGUUUAUUUGGAUUGUACUGGAAGACAGUGUUAACUUCGAACAGAAUGACAUUGGUUCCUAUCCGUCCGGUUUAUUGGCUUUCCGGCUCAGACCAAUGACUUUAAGGCCCGACGACGUGUUGGCAGCAGUAAAUGCUUUAGAAAGGACUCUAGAAAAAGUAGGUACAAGUCCUUUUGAGAAAGGUCUCGGGAGUGUAUCCUUUGCCUUGAGUUGUUCCUAUUCUUCGAAUGAUCAACAUAAAGCGUUUACUCGCGAAGCACACAGGUCUCUGAAACGUGAAUUAACUUCUAAGAAUUUUUUACAAAGCAACACAAACAGCUUCAGCUCAAACAUAUUUCCAGUGUUUGACAUACUGAAUCUAGCACAUUCUAUGGGUGGGUGGAAAGUUCUUGGAAAUGUGAGUGCUUCAUCCGUCCGUCUAGAUACCGUCCUUUGGCUAGGAGCACAGAGAACAACUUCUUGGCCUCUAGGAAAGCAACGGUUCCGGGUGGUCACCGCCUUUGCCCCACCCUUUGUUCAGGAGUCUACGAGGGUAAGCAGUGGCAGUUGUCUAAUGGGAACACCGUGCUUGCAGGUGACCACCAAUCGCAAAGAAGAACUGAUAGCAAUCUUCGCCGACUACGCUCAAGGUAAAUCUGAAGGGAUCCGAUACAACAUCACCUGUUGUGCAGGAAUUACUAUAGACCUGCUAACCGACAUAGCUCGUGAUUUGCACUUCGACUACGACUUAUAUUUAGUAUCUGAUGGAAUGUUUGGCACCAAUCGAGGGAAGGGAUGGAACGGAAUCACAGCGGACUUGAUUAGUGGUGCUGCCCACCUCACCUUUUCAUCGUACAGCGUCAACAGUCUCACUAUUCAGGAUGUGGACUUCUCCGUCCCUUAUUUCCACUCGGGAGUGUCAUGUCUGGCACCCUCUAAAUUGCAUGCAGUUCCACUGUCUGCCUUUUUGGAGCCUUUUAGUAUCCAACUUUGGGUCGCUAUAUUUAUUAGCCUAAAUGUUACCGCUAUCGUUGCCGCUGUCUAUGAGUGGGUAAGCCCGUUCGGUCUGAACCCAUGGGGCAGACAACGUAUCAAGAAUUUCAGUUUAGCCUCAGCUCUUUGGGUCAUGUGGUCCUUACUCUUUAGCCACCUCGUGGCCUUUAAAGCUCCCAAAUCCUGGCCCAAUAAAGUACUUAUUAAUGUGUGGGGUUGCUUCAGCGUCAUAUUUCUCGCCAGCUAUACAGCUAAAUACGCGGCCCUCUUUGCAGGACUGUUCUUUCAACUACGAGUGGAUGAUUUGUAUGAUUCCAACCUACUGAACCAGCGAACCAGUACAGUUCAAGGAAGUGCCGCGGAAGGUUACGUUUUUCGAGAAUACCCCCGACUAUGGGAACACAUAAAAAAAUACGAAGUCGGAACGAUAGAAGAUGGACUAGAGAAACUCAGAAAUGGAGAGCUUGAUGUUCUGAUUGGAGACACUGCAGUCUUGGACUACUACCGAGGAAAUGAACUCGGAUGUAACCUUCAACUAUUAGGAGACCCUAUUUUCGAAGAUGCCUAUGCAGUUGGAAUGCAACAGGGAUUCCCGUUAAAGGAUGCAGUAUCGAGUUUGAUUCUUCAGUAUAAUGAAGCUGGCUACAUCGACCAACUACAACAAAAGUGGUAUGGAAGAGUUCCGUGUUUUCAAGAAUCAGUGCACGGAUUAACCAAGCCCAUGGGCCUGAGUGUGCGCGCAGUUUCCGGUGUGUUUAUAAUGCUGAGCGUAGGCCAUCUGGUGGCCAUUUGUACGUUGAUCCUAGAACAUUUAAUAUUCCGGUACACGGUACCGGUACUGCGAGAAAAGCCUAAGAACACCGUGUGGAAAAGCCCGCACUUAAUGUUUUUUAGCCAGAAACUGCACCGCUUUAUCAACACUUUCGGGCUUGUGUCCCCUCACCAUUCGAUCAAGGAAAUAGCCAAUAAUCUAAAACAAGGCCAGAUUUUUAGUUUGUUUCAGAAAAGUGUGAAAAGGAAAGCAAGAGAAGACGCAAGAAAAAGUAAAAGUAAAGCUCAGUUCUUUCAACUUAUUCAAGAUAUUCGAAAUGUGGUUCAAGAAGAGCAUGAAAAAAGAACGCUAGCUUCGUUUGACAACAUUGGAAUCGACACCUCAGUUGAGAUUAACCCAAUCAAUCAGAUUUUGGAAGACAAUUCUUCAGCUGUCCAAAAGAGAAAACGCUUUAGACAAACAGGACUCAGCCCCGCAGAAAUGUCAGUAGGAAGCGAUUCGAUGUGUGAUCCUUAUUUACCAAUGCGAAAAAUUCUACUUGAUAGUUCUCAAAGUAAAUUGCUACACAAGUUUCCUUCCAGUUUCCAUUCCCAACAAGAAUCAGAGUACGAAUCAUCCAGCUCAUCCUCCAGAUCGUCAGUCAGUACAACUUCCGCGUUAUCAAGAACCCACAAACGCGUAUUCAGUUCUAGUUUUAAUGAACUUUUCCCACUCGAAAUCCAGAAUGAUCCUACGGACAAAAAAUAUUACUAUCUACCUACAACUGACGAGCGCGCUUGGUCAUUUUCUGACUUAAGAACAUUGAAAACAACAGUUUUCAAGACUAAUUCGGAAACCUUGGAGAGCGAAAUUCCGAAAGAGUGCCAUUAUUUAUCUGGUGCUUUUUCCAGGCGUCAAAAAAUCAGUACUAAGUUAUGUUCGAAAGAACACGUUGAAGAACUUAAACUUUAUUCUAUGACAAAAGAAGAAAUCAUUAAUAGAUGGAAAGCAUCUGAAAAUGAACUUCGAAGUAUUCUUAAACAAGCUUUACGAUAUAACAAAGAGCUUGAGGAAAAGCUUAAGUUCUUGCAAAAAACUUCCAUCACACUACAGAAAUUAAAAAAUACAGACAUUUGUUUCAAAUAAAUAAAUAACUUGAUGUACUUCCUUAAAUUGCAUAUUAUAAACACGCGUGCUUCAAAUAUGUGUCAAUUUUCGCCCAUAGACGAACAAAUACGAACAUUACUGUAGAAAUCGACACAACUCAUCGAUUAAGGAGGCCUUUUGGUUGUUUAAAAAAAUGUUUAAGAGUUUUUACACUAUAUGCAUAGGACCAAAUUUCUUAUAGUUGUGAGAUUAUGCGACUUGUGUGCUUUUAACAGCACACCUAUUUAACUUUAUAUUUCAGAUAAAAAAACAUCUAGUCUGCUAUAGAUCUUGUAAAGUAACUUUACUGUAGUUGUUGUAUAUGCUGAGAUUUGUCUUUUAGAAAGACAUGAGUAUACUAUAUAUAUGUUAAACGUAUUAUGAUAUGUUUUCGUUAAUUUUACGUGGCCGUAUAAGUCAAGGCAUAAGCUUAUUAUGUUUGAAAAGAAUUUAAAAUUGAUAUUAUACAUGGAAAACUACUUUCUAACGAGAAUAACUUGAAAAUGAUUAUUGCUCGACAAAUGGUGAUAGAACGUGUUUGAUUGAUUACUAAAAAUAUUUCUUUAAAAAGAACCAGCUGAAGCCCAGUUUAGGCAAAAUUUGAGUGGGCUGUUGUGCAAAGUUAUAAUGAUAUAUCAUUUUAACAUUACCUAGUUAUAAAAUACCAUCACUUUCUUUCUGUAAAAUACCAUGUGCUAAAAAUUCUACCAAUUUGAAAUUAUUAAUAUGAAUAGUUCAAGUGAUAUAAUAACCGUUUAUUUUAUAUCUCUGUAUACAUUUAAAAAAAAACAUACAUCCUGUGUUAAUUUGUCCUUUGAAUUUACUACCGUUAAAACUUAAGUUUUAUUAGGUUGGUCUUAAACUUUUUUACGCAGAUUAAUUAAUAUAACUCUUGAAAAAAUGUUCUUUUUAUUCCCAAAUUAAAACUAGGUCAUGAAUUUAAAAAAAUAGUUCAUGAGUACUUUUUUUUAAGAAAUUGAAAACUAAUGGUAGAAUUUGCUGGCACGAUGAUGUAUGAUAAAUAUUUUAAUGGGGUUUCUUUAAAAUAUAAAUCAUUGACUAUGUUUGAAAUUCCAGAACCACUUGUAACAAAAUCCUAUCUAGACUAUUAUUCUGCUUGUUUAUAUGUACGACCGUUACGCUUUCUGACCGAGAACCUGCUGCAUAAGCAUGCAUAGUUAGAAUGUUCCCCAAGAAAAACCGCGCAUGUGCAUUAUUCACUCGACGACAAACAGUCUGCCUGCGGGAGAGAGCUGCAAAGCUCAAUGGCGAAGUCGCUACAAUUACUGUAUGAAACAAAAAGUAAAAACAAAAGGGGAAUGUAAAUAUACUUUACUAACCAUUUUGUACAACAGAAUAUU